UGCGCCUCCCUCGUUCCCUCCAAGACGCCGCGCCUUUGCACCUCCCUCGCUCCCUCCAAAACGCUGCGACUAUGCGCCUCCCUCGGUCCCUCUAGAACGCCGCGGCUCUGUGCCUCUCUCGGUCCUUCCAGGACGCCGCGGCUCUGUGGCUUCUUCGUUCCCUCUAGGACACCGCGGCUCUGCGCCUCCCUCGGUCUCUCUAGGACACUGCGGCUCUGCGCCUCCCUCGUUUCCUCCAAGACGCCGCGUCUCUGCGCCUCCCUCGUUCCCUCCAGGACGCGGCGGUGCCGCGCGGCGCACCGAGGGAAACCCACGGUCACUGGCCAGCCGGUCGGCGUUCGCCAUAUAACGGCGGGCGGCGGCGGCCACCUUCAGUCGACUCUUGCCGCCGACACGAUGCGGGUGCUGCUGGCGGCGGUUCUGGCGGUGGCGGUGGCGGGCGGCGGCGCAGCGCCGUCGGCAAGCAUCUCGCUGCCGGCCGAGCACAGGCUGCCGGCCGAGCUGGUCUUGCCUGACACGGCGCACAUCCCUGGCCAACGGCUCGGGGAGUGGGGCGUCGACAAGUUCUUCUCGCUCUGGUACAUCUUCGCGCUCAGCGACAACGUCGAGGUCUCCAAGGAGGCCUACACCGUGCUGGCCCCGAGCAACGAGGCGUUCGAUCGCGUCAAGCUGACGCCUGGCUUCUCCGGCCGCGACCACAUCGUCAACGUGCUUCGAAACCACAUCAUCCUGGGCGAGGUGGUGACUGAGGAACGCCUGAAGCAGCUGAAGGAGGGUAGCCAGCUCAAGCUGAACACGCUGCUCGGCACAACGGCCGUCUUCACCAGCCGGGCAGGGCGUCUCUAUGUAAACAAAAUCGAGAUCAUCGGCGACAUCUUGGAGAUCACCAACGCCAGCAUCGUACGCACCGCCGACUACAUCCCGCUGCCGGACACCCUGCGGCCGUCUGCCGAACCGGACGUUGCUGAGUCACCGAUAGAUGGCAGCGGCGACACUGAGCCGGGUGACCUCACCGCCAGUGAGACGGCCUCGCUGCCGCUGCUGAAUGAGGUAGGCGAGCUGUCGGACCCGGAGCCGGGGCUGGCGGUGGCUCACGCGGUCGACCCGGUCGGCCACGAGUUCGCCACCAACAACCAGCGGGUGAAGAUCCCAGCCGUCGGCAAAGACAGCUUCGUCGAGGCUGUGGAGGACGCGCUCAGUCUGCUCCGCUCCGGUGUCGGCGAGUUCCAGGGCUACUUCUACGACGCCAACAUCACCUCCAUGUUCAGCAAAGACAAGGAGUACACGCUCUUCCUCCCAGUAAACGAAGCGUUCCAGAGGUUUUACCCGAUCGACUGGGGCUUCAACCCCUUCCUGGUCAAGGAGUUUACCCGAGAAACGAUUAUGAACCACUUUGCGCCGGGAAAGCUCACCAGCAAGGAUAUCAAGGAUGGACUCAGGAUCAAGACCAUGGGCGGCAAGGAGCUUAAGUUCAAAAAAGUCCCAGAAAACAUCCUGGUGAAUGGCAACCCGCUGUUCCUGGGCGACACGCCCAUCUCGCACGGCAACAUCCUCUUCCUGGAUGAGCUGCUCUUCGUCGACUAUGACGUGGUCGCCGAACUGCGGCUGCAGCACAGAGACAAGGAGACUGCGCCCCUGGUGGCCGGAGUGGCCGGAGAGGCACUCUUUCUGGCGCAUCUGAUCGGAGAACUGACGCACCGAGAAAACUCAGGAAGUGAUGCCACCUUCAACAAGUUCAUUGACUACCUGUACCGGAGCUUCGACGACAUUGUAACAAGCGUCUCGAAUGACUACAAGUACACGUUCCUGGCGCUGGACGACAGCGCCGUGGCGGCGGCGCUGGGUGCGGCCGGCGGGGACCCGCUGCUGGCCGAUUCGGCACUGCGCGACCAGCUGCUGCUGUCGCACCUCGUCCCCGAGCGGCUGUACCAGCACGACCUGCGCGACGGCUUCACCACCCAGACACUCGGCGGGCAGACGAUGAAGGUCCAGGUCAAGGACGGCGAGACCUUCAUCAACGGCGCACGCCUGCUGCCGCGGCAGGAGCACGUCUACAACCUUGGCAACGUACUCUUCCUCGAGUCGUUCCCGUUCAUCAGCGCGGACGAGCUGCGCCAGCGGGCGGCGCAGGCCGGCGCCGCCGAGCCGGAGGGCUCGGGCGCGGCGCCGGGCGGGCUCGGCAGCCGGUUCGAGAACGUCGAGUCGUUCGCCGGUGAGCAAGGCUCGCCCGACGGCGUCAUCCGCGAGGACGGGCCGCUGCGCGUGACGUCGCUCGAGCCGGCGCGGCCCGAGAUCUGAGGCGCCCCGGCGCGGGACGAGCCCCGGCGCGGCCCGAGGUGGGGCUCCUGCCACCGAGUGCGGCCGCAGCGGGCAAGCGAACGCGUGCGCGGAGUGAGGCCCGCGGGAGGUCUGCCCGUGGCCGUGCGGCUGCCGGGACUUGACUGCAGUGUGCGUCGGUGAUGUGCCUCUCGCGCAAGGUGCGUGGCCUGCAGCGCGAGGCGGGAGCCGGACGGCGCCAGAAGACGCGUCGGCGGCAGGGCAGAGGUGGGGAGAUGCAGGCACGUUAUGCGUCAGGACUUAGCUGUUACCCAGGCCCGUGUGCUGACGGCACUUUGGAACCUGUGAACUGGGUACAGCCCAGAUCGCAGUGAGUGUUCAUGUUAAGCUACGUGGCCCGAUGUGUUACGUAACUCUUAGUACCUAUGUUGGGAUAAAAUGAGCGAUUGCGUUGAGCCCCGCUGUGUAAGCGUGUUGCGGUUGGGCAACUUAAGUGAUUGUGGGGUCCAAGUGUUUCUUUUACACGCCAUUGAUAAUAAGUAUUUGUUCACUCGUUGUUACGUGUAACGUACAUAUCGCUUUAUAAAUAAAUUAACAUACAGUG